AAGUACAUAAACGGUUGUCCCUAAUAGCCCAUAUGAGAGGAAAAAAACAAGUGUGUUUCAUGUGUAUGCACCAGUUUAAAAUUAGAACACAUUUAAUAUGUCAAACACUCCGAUUAUCUAAUCUAUAAAUACUAGCAGUACAUGCAUUUGUAUCUUUAAGUGCCCAGUUUUGUUAUAAGUCGCGGACGUUAGGUUUUUAACAGCUCAAAUGAUUUCACAACACACUUAGUAAAAUAAAAAAAUAAAAAAAACACAAUAAUCAUACAUGACUACAGGGACUGCCCGACGGGAAGUGAACAAACACGGAAGUAAAUAGGAGGGAAAUCUCUCGUUUUUUGCGAGUCUUUUCUCUCGGCUCCCGUUUUGUAUGUUGGGGGAUGGGGUCGCGCCGAGGAUGAGAGACUCCGAUUAUUUACCACUUGGCUAACUAAAUAUCUUUAUAUCUGAGCUGGGCUUUCUUCCUCGCUGUUGCAUAUUUUAAUAAUUUUCGACUACGUAUGAGUUUAGGUGUAUUUUUUCCGAAAUAAAGUGGAGUGCCUCUACGUCCACGACACACGCUUUAAAAGUCGACAAAAUGUAUUCCUCUGCUGGAGAUCCCGAUGCGCCAGAACCCCCAUCAUCCCCAGUCCCAGAAUAUGUGUUCAAGCCACCAUCACGGCCAGACUUUGGCACCAUGGGCAGGACAGUCAAGCUCCAGGCUAACUUCUUUGAGAUGGAAAUCCCCAAACUGGAGGUGUAUCAUUAUGACAUUGACAUCAAGCCUGAAAAAUGCCCCAGGAGAGUCAAUCGUGAAAUUGUGGAGCACAUGGUCCAGCACUUUAAAACACAGAUCUUUGGUGAUCGAAAGCCAGUGUAUGAUGGGCGGAAGAAUCUCUACACUGCAAUGCCCUUACCCAUAGGCAGAGACAAAGUGGAGCUCGAGGUGACCAUUCCUGGUGAAGGCAAGGACCGCAGCUUUAAAGUAUCCAUCAAGUGGGUGUCCUGUGUUAGCCUGCAAGCUCUGCACGAAGCACUGUCAGGACGGCUACCCAGCGUGCCCUUUGAGACCAUCCAGGCCUUGGAUGUGGUCAUGAGACAUUUGCCCUCCAUGAGGUAUACCCCAGUGGGCCGCUCUUUCUUCACUCCCUCAGAGGGAUGCUCGAACCCCCUCGGUGGAGGCAGAGAGGUCUGGUUUGGUUUCCACCAGUCUGUCAGACCUUCCCUCUGGAAAAUGAUGCUCAACAUCGAUGUUUCAGCCACUGCAUUCUACAAAGCUCAACCUGUAAUUGAGUUUAUGUGUGAGGUCUUGGAUUUCAAAAGCAUUGAAGAACAACAGAAGCCCCUAACAGACUCUCAACGAGUGAAAUUUACCAAGGAAAUCAAAGGUCUGAAGGUGGAGAUCACUCACUGUGGGCAGAUGAAGAGGAAGUACAGAGUGUGCAACGUGACCAGAAGACCAGCCAGCCACCAAACGUUCCCCCUGCAGCAGGAGAAUGGCCAAACAAUUGAAUGCACAGUAGCACAGUACUUCAAAGACAAGUACAAACUCAUUCUGCGAUACCCCCACCUCCCAUGUCUACAGGUGGGACAGGAGCAGAAGCACACCUACCUACCUCUAGAGGUGUGUAACAUAGUGGCAGGACAGCGCUGCAUCAAAAAGCUAACAGACAAUCAGACGUCCACUAUGAUCCGUGCCACAGCCCGAUCAGCACCAGACCGCCAGGACGAGAUUAGUAAAUUGAUGAGAAGUGCCAACUUCAACACUGACCCUUACGUUCGUGAAUUUGGAGUGAUGGUGAGAGAUGAGAUGACGGAAGUGAAUGGUCGCGUCCUACAAGCACCUUCUAUUCUGUAUGGAGGCAGGAACAAAGCAAUAGCCACACCGAUCCAGGGAGUAUGGGACAUGAGGAACAAGCAGUUCCACACUGGUAUUGAGAUCAAAGUGUGGGCAAUUGCCUGCUUUGCACCACAGAGACAGUGCACUGAACUCCUGCUUAAGGCAUUCACAGAUCAGCUGAGGAAGAUCUCCAGGGAUGCAGGGAUGCCCAUUCAGGGUCAGCCAUGUUUUUGUAAAUAUGCCCAGGGAGCUGACAGUGUGGAGCCCAUGUUCAGGCACCUUAAGUACACCUACCAAGGCCUCCAGCUGAUUGUAGUCAUCCUGCCAGGGAAGACACCUGUUUACGCUGAGGUGAAACGUGUUGGGGACACUGUGCUAGGCAUGGCCACACAGUGUGUGCAGGUGAAGAAUGUUCAAAAGACAACACCUCAGACUCUCUCCAACCUCUGUCUAAAGAUCAACGUCAAACUGGGCGGUGUCAAUAACAUCCUCCUUCCACAGGGCAGGCCAAUGGUGUUCCAGCAGCCAGUGAUUUUUCUUGGUGCAGAUGUGACUCAUCCACCAGCAGGAGAUGGAAAAAAGCCUUCCAUUGCUGCUGUUGUUGGCAGUAUGGAUGCCCAUCCCAGCAGAUACUGUGCCACAGUUCGAGUGCAGCAGCACCGUCAGGACAUCAUCCAGGAUCUGGCCACCAUGGUCAGAGAGCUGCUCAUCCAGUUCUACAAGUCCACUCGCUUCAAGCCCACAAGGAUCAUCUAUUACCGCGAUGGCAUUUCUGAGGGCCAGUUCAACCAGGUUCUUCAGCAUGAACUGCUGGCCAUCCGUGAGGCCUGCAUCAAACUAGAGAAGGACUACCAGCCUGGUAUCACAUUUGUUGUUGUUCAGAAGAGACACCACACGAGACUAUUUUGUAUGGACAGAAAUGAGAGGGUUGGGAAGAGUGGCAACAUUCCUGCAGGCACCACAGUGGACACCAAAAUUACUCAUCCGUCAGAGUUUGACUUCUACCUUUGCAGUCAUGCUGGUAUUCAGGGUACCAGCAGGCCAUCUCACUACCAUGUUCUCUGGGAUGACAACCACUUCUCUUCAGAUGAACUACAGGUUCUCACCUACCAGCUAUGCCACACCUAUGUGCGCUGCACCCGCUCUGUUUCCAUCCCAGCACCAGCCUACUAUGCCCAUUUGGUGGCUUUCCGUGCUCGCUAUCACUUGGUGGACAAAGAACAUGACAGUGCUGAGGGUAGUCACACAUCAGGCCAGAGUAACGGGCGUGACCACCAGGCCUUGGCUAAGGCUGUUCAGAUCCACCAGGACACCCUGCGCACCAUGUACUUUGCCUGAGAGCACAGAACUCCAGUUUGGCGUGGGUGAGACCCUGCAGAUGGGAACGGACUACGCUCGCUGUCUCACUGUUGGCUGUAGAAAGCAUUACAGUGGUUUGACAUUGUGAUUCCCCCUACUUAACAAACCUGUCAGUUACCCAUAUUUCUACAAUUGUACUUCAGCCCCUGAUCCACCAAAACCAAGUCAGCUAUUAGACUGUAAGAUGCAAAAGAAUCCCUAUUUCAUGGGGAUUGAGCUGGGAAAGGUUUAAUUUACAUGUUAUGCAUUAGUGUAUAUUUGUAUUUGUUGUAGGGGAUUUGUGUCAAAGACAGAGGAAAAGGGAACGUUUGUACAUUUGUAGAGGAAAUCUUCCAUUUCUAAAUUAGUGGGCAGUAGCAUUCUACAUUGGGGGUAAUAAUGAUUUCCAAUAAGCCCUCCACCCUCCUAAUCUUGUUUUUGUUCAUUAGGGUCUUGGUGCUUGAAGGAAGAAGCAGACAUGAAAAGAUAAUGGGUCCUGUUCAACAUUUAUAUGCCUAAGGAUACGGUCCUCUGACAACAUUUAUCAGCCAAUCAAAGCAAAGUGCACUGACCAGAAUGGGUACUUUAAUCAGGACAAAAGUACUUAGUAUACUGCGGGUUGUGUGUGAUUUUCACAUAGGGCACUAUGUGAUGAAAGGUGCCAUUUGAGACCAACUCUGUGUCGUCAUUUCUUUGUAAGACUAUGAAUUAUUUGGCCCACAUCUGCUGGGUUUUCAGUAUUUGUCCUUGAUUGACACUGUUGACUAUUUAAUGCCAAAUCUGGUGGCAACUUACUAAAGGAUUUUUUUUCCCAUUGAAUUUGUUAUCAACCCUUGAACAAACCCUUAGUUUAUUCCAGAUAAGGGUUUUUAGUGUUGAGAUUUUUUUAUCCUCCUCUGCCUCACUUGUUAGUCUAAACUGAAAAGGUUGCACCAGUAACCUAGAAACCUACAGUCUGAGAAGCCAAGAAGCAGUGUAUUGGGACUGGUUCCCAACAAGGACUCCUUUUAAUGAACUCUGAGCCGUGCUGACAAUAGAUGCAUAAUGUAGAAAUGCGAUAACAUAAUUUUUUUGGGUUCCCUUCUGUUUUGUAGUGUAGUUUAAUUUCCAUAGUUUUUUUUUAAUGCAUAUGCAUAUAACUGACUCUUGUUUGAGACAAUUAGGCAUUUGUGAUCAUUGUUCAUUUCUUCCUUUAAACAUUAACCCGACUUCUGUUUUUACUGUAUAUAGCAUCAGGAUAGUGUUUUCUGCAGUGUCCUUGUCAGAGCAAGUUAUUUAUGUGGCGUCUCUAUCCAGGCAUUCGGUACAGUGGAGAGAAAGCUACAGCAUGUUAGAAUCUAACUGAUUGAAAUUCCCUUAACAAACUCUUUGAUUAUAGUGUUUUGCUCCAGGAGUUGGGAGCAGUCGUCGCACAAAAGCUUGGGUUUUAUGCAAAUGAAUUUUUGUGAGUCUUUAUACUAUACAGUAAUGUUGGUAAUAUAGUAUAUUUUGAAUAAGCUUUCAGUGUAGGUUGCUGAAAUUUUUUUUUUAAAAGACUUGCCCACUUAUGAUCUAAAUUAAUGCUGUAUUUGUAUACAGGUUUUAAAUGCAAAUAUUCUCUUGCCUUCUAUGACUGUUACAGUCUUACUAAUAUUUCUGCUCUAAUAUCCCACUUAAGUUUCACUAAGAGAAGCUGGCGAAUGUUCAAAGUCUGGAUUGGAGGCAAGUAGUCUACAUUUUUUUAACUAUGCAUCAUUUUUAACCAAGAGAUUUAGCAGCGGGGUAUCACACAUGAAUUUGGGUCAUUUAUAGAGGUAGAUAAUCAGGGCCUUUUUGUUGUUGUUUUAGUAUAGUGCAUUUUAGUAGUGUUUCUUAGUGCUUAUGAGUGUCUUCAUGUCUUUCUAAUGGGAUGAAGUAUUUAUGCGGUCAUUUGUAAUGUUUUAGAUUUUAUAGCCUGGAAAUUGGGGUGUGUCCUUUGUAACACAAUUUUUUUUUUUUUUUUUUUUUUUUUUUUUUUUUUUUUUUUUUUUUUUUUUUUAGCCAAAUAAGAUUACAGUCUUUUACAUGACUAAUAUUCAAAACACAUGGAAGCACAAAAGGAUGUCUUGGUUCUAGGUGCUAGAAGUUUUCACUGUAAACCACCUUAAAUCCUCACUGGACUGGUCCGCAAGGCUUUUUACUUGUAUGCUAAAAGAUGUUUCAUCAUGUUGAGGAUCUUUUCUCUCCCUUUGAUGACCUCUCUGUGUUACCCUUUUAACCCAUUACCUGUAAAGCAACUAGAAAUCCGACUGACUGUGCUUGUGGGGCAUUCUGAAAAUCAUGUACUUGAUAUUUACUGUUAUGAUGUCAAUAUUGUUCUUAUCGGUGCUGGUCUCACAACAUGUAAAUUUGGAUGCACUUUUGAUAGCAGAACGUUGGUAUGAUUUCUAUAGAUGUGUUCUUCAUUUAAAGCAGGAGGCUCGGCCAUAUUUUGCGACAUUGGUGUAAUUGUGUGGAAAUGGCCGUGUGUUCUACCUCUUGUUACCUGUUCUAGUGUUAUGGUAACAUCACACUGCUGGCCAUUUCUGUAUAAUUACCCCUGCUAUCUAUCUAAUUGGCAUUAUUUGAGUCUUGCAUUGACAAUAGAGGUUUUAAACAUUUGUUGUGCAUGAUGGUGAACACACAUUCUCACUUUGUGAUUCCUCAUAGUUUUACUCAAGCUGAAAGAAUGUUUGUUUUUUUUCUUUGCUUUGAUUUCUAGGGGUUUUAAGCAUUGAGCUGAAUGACCAAAUUCUUGAAAUGUGUUUGUGUUGACACGUAGCUUUCCCUUCUUUCUUUCCUUUAAUUCUAUGCACCAAUGAAAUAACAAAAGUUUUUUGACAUCUUGAUUUUCCAUUGAGCUCUUUAACAACAAAUGCAAAUCCCAAAUCAGGUGUGAUCUUCACAUAUUCUUGAUCUGGAAAAGUUGUAAAUGCACCCCACUGGUUCUGUUGCUCUGACUGUUAAAGUAGCCAAAAAAACAGGAUCAGGCUGCAGAAUUACUCAUGUAAUUUAGGAUCAGAACGUUAAUUUUAAACGGCAUGUAAAGCCUGUCGUCAGCUCUCUCCUUGAAAAGUUGAAUGCCCUCGUCAUUGUACUAAUGCAGACCUUUGUAAUGCCGCUGCAAGUGUCCACAGUAUUUUUCUCAUUCAGAUGUUCAGUUUUCACAUCAUCUCAAAGGGGGAUGUCAUUGUGUUUAGUUAUUUAGCCGGAUAGCUGAUCUACAGAGAUGUUGGUCAUAUUGUGUGAAAAGUUGAACGGAGAAUCUUUGUCCACAGUAUAACAGGUGUUCUAAAAAGUAACUCGCUAAAUUUUAAAACAAACCUGUCAUCUUAGGAGAUGGGUUUUACUUGGUGUUACUGCUUUUAUUUUAUUUUAUUUUUAUUUAUUUUUUUUUUUGUCGUCUUACAUUACCUGUACCAGGUCCUUAAAAUACCAGAUCAGAAUGGCAUUGCUUUUCCUGGAGAUAAUACUCAAACAUUAGACAGAUACUAUUUUUGCACUAAAAGAAAUGGACUUUGUAACUGUUGCAGCAUUCAAGUAUUUAUCGGGCAGCAGAAUGGCAGACUCUUUUUGUCUUUUGUUUAAAGAGGAGCAUUUGGCAUGGCUGGUUUUUCACAAUAAUAGAUGCACAGUGAACAGGCCUCUCCUAGCCAGCCAGCCUUCAGCAUGUUGUCUUUCAGAAAUCUCCAGAUGCCUUUAAAUGUUAAUGAAAGACAAACUCUGAGUUGCGUGGGUGGCUUGCCUUUGUGCAGUGAUGUGGUAGAAAGGUGCUUUAUGCAAAAUAAACUGACAAGUGUUAAGAGCCGAUUAACUGUGGACAGUAAGGGUUUUGUAAUCAAAAUGACACCAAAGUGAUGUGUGGGGAGAACGUGUGCAGGAAGUAUUUCCAUGGUCACAGUCCAUGUUCAAGACUGCAAAGAAUUUAGAGAAGUCAUACUGAAAGGCCUCAUUGUGACACCACCACAGACUAUACAUAUCAAGAUUCAGAAGAGGCUUGUCCUUUUUACACAGUCUGCUUGGUCAUAAUGAGCUAAACCAAGACUGUGCAUGAAACGAAUAAAUACACCAGCCUGGAUGAAUGAGGCACUACGUCAAAUGUUUAAGUGGUGCCCAAGGUGCAUAGCAAGACACUCAAAAUACUGCAGGAACCCCAAUAGCUUAAUAUUUUUUCUCAGAAAUGACAAACACACACGUUCACCUCAGUUUGGCUAUUUUUCUGUUUGCCAAAGCCUGGACGAAGCAACUUCUAUAACCGGCUGGUUUGUAAAUUAAAAGGCAUAUAAUAAGCUAAUUUAAUUUUAUUUUCAUAAUAAGUUUUCUGCGUUUGUUGGCAUGUAUAAAUUUAGGAUUGGAAGAGGCUGACAUAAAAUUCCUCCUAGCUUAACAGCCAGCCUGUUUAUUUAACAGGUUUUUAAAAGGUCUUGGAAUAAAAAUAAAUAAAUAAAAGCCUGACUCUAAAUGAAGCAACAGCCCAUGUAUUAUUCCAAACCAUUACCCUCUGUAUAGUAGUAUCUCUCCUUUUUACCUUUCAUCCAUCUCUUGUAGAGAAACAAUUGCUGACAUAAAGAAACCUCUUGUAGAGUAGAACUUAUUUUCCUAGCUUCAAAUAAUCACAAUGAAUGUACUUAGUGUGUGUGUGGUUUGUAGUAUUAUCCAGUACAUUUAUACUAAAUUUUGCUUUUUGUGUACAGCUUUUUUUUAUUUUUGGUGUUUUCCCUUUAUUUAUAAGCUUUAACUGUUGCAGAAAGUAUUAUAUUUUAUUCUGUUAUAACAUUUCAUUGGCAUAGUUUGCCCACAUCACAGCCAAUGUCAGUCUUUAUAUAAAUGAGACAUGAACAAGUUAAAA